UAAUAAAACCAGAAAUCUAAACGAUUCAUCCUUUGAGAAAAAAAAAACGAUUCAUCUGUUCUUAAGGUUUAAGAGGUUUUGGAAAAAAAAGGAAUUAAAAUUUCAAACAGAGUUUGGUUGGUUAGCUGGCCCCGCGGUUUAUAUCUUGGAGUUCACUUAAAUCUUUCGUUUUAUUUGAAAAAAUCCACCAAGAAUCACAGAACAAACUGAUCUGUGUGUCUCUAUAUAAUGAAGAGGUUCACAGUUUGCUGCAUCUCAAACCGAACCCACAAGAACAGAAAUCGAAAUCCAGAUAAGAAAUUAAAAGAAAGCAUGGAGAUGAUUUCAAGAAAAGACAUUGAAGAGCCUGAAAAACAGAACAACAACAAUGUAACAUCUUCUAUUAUUGGUUCUGAUCCCACCAAUGUAAUUGUGAAUCAUGACUUCUCUUCCGGGAUGCAUUCGUGGCAUCCGAAUUGCUGCGAGGCCUUUGUUAUCACCGCCGGGUCUAAUGUCUCUCACGGUGUUUUAGACAUGUCAAAGUGUGGUAGCUAUGUAGUUGUCAAGAACAGGAAAGAAACUUGGCAAGGCUUGGAACAAGACAUUACAAGUAGAGUGAAACCUUGUUGUCUUUAUAAAGUUUCAGCAACUGUUGCUGCAUCCGGACCUGUUCAAGGGUUGGUUGAAGUUAUGGCCACCUUGAAGCUCGAAACUGGACAAGCUCCAACAAACUAUCAGCUCAUCGCAAAAACUUGUGUCUUCAAGGAGAAGUGGGUGAGACUAGAAGGCAUGUUCUCGUUACCUAGCUUACCAGAAAAAGUUGUAUUCUAUUUGGAAGGCCCGUCAACGGGGAUCGAUCUUCUCGUACAGUCUGUUACCAUUCACGGCGAAAGCGAGCCUAAGCUGGAGUGUGUUACUAGUGCUGAAGAUGAGACUAUUGUAGUGAACCCAAACUUUGAAGAUGGACUAAACAACUGGUCUGGGAGAAGCUGCAAGAUUGUGUUACAUGACUCAAUUGCUGAUGGAAAGAUAGUACCAGAAUUCGGGAAAGUUUUCGCUUCGGCUACAGAACGCACGCAGUACUGGCAUGGUAUUCAGCAAGAGAUCACCGGGAAAGUUCAAAGAAAACGCCUCUACGAGGCAACCGCAAUAGUACGCAUAUACGGAAAAAAUGUGACUACUGCUACAGUACAAGCAACUCUAUGGGUCCAAAAUCCUAAUCAACGCGAUCAAUACAUUGGCAUUGCAAAUGCGCAGGCAACAGACAAAGAGUGGUUACAUUUGAAAGGGAAGUUCCUCCUCAACGGUUCUGCAUCACGAGUAGUCAUUUACAUCGAAGGUCCACCUCCAGGAACUGAUAUUCUCCUCAAUAGCUUAACUGUGAAACACUCCGAGAAACUCCCUCCUUCACCGCCCCCUUCUAUUGAGAAUCCUGCAUAUGGGGAAAACAUAGUCACAAAUAGCCAUUUAAGUGAUAAUACAACCAAUGGAUGGUUUCCAUUAGGGAACUGCACACUAAGUGUUGCGGAAGGAUCACCUCGAAUCCUUCCUCCGAUGGCAAGAGACUCCCUUGGAUCACACGUGCCUCUAAGUGGCCGCUAUAUACUUGUGACUAACCGAACACAGACAUGGAUGGUCCAGCUCAAGUGAUUUGUAGACAAAAAUUAUGUAAGAAUAUAAGAAAGAUCUUUAUACAAGGGGAUAAACUUAUUUUAUUGAAACACUCAAAAGGAUUACAAGAACUCUUAAGACUCUUACUCAAACUCACUCACUUAAGCUUGUAUGAAACUCUUCACCAAGCUUUGGUUUUUAUAGUACAAAUUUUAGGGAAUA